AUGGCCUUCACUUGUCGCAAGUGCCUCUUCGGAGGUGAAGCCCCGUGGUCAAAGCAGGACUGGACAUCCUGCGACGACCGCAUCCGCGGCGGCUCCUCCACCUCCCAGAUAAGCAUCAAGCCCUCCACCGUCCACCACCCCAGCACUCCCGCCUAUUCAUCGUCUGCAUUUUUCCACGGCCAUCUCGACAUCACCACCUUGGGCGGCGCCGGUUUCGCCUCCCAGCGCAACACCACCAACACCCUAGGCUGGCAUCUCGAGAAAUUCGACGGCCUCGAAUUGAUAAUCGGCAAAUCAGACGGGAAACGAUAUUCAUUCAUCCUCAAGGAUGAGAUGCUACCCAAGAGACCUGAUGGCAGAGAGCAAAGCUCAUUGAAUUGGGAGUUUGAGUUUGUCGUUCCAUCGCCAAAGGAAGGGGAGGAAGGGAUGAGGGAGGGCACGGUGUUGAGGGUGAAAUGGUGCGAUUUUGUGCCUACAUAUCGCGGGAAACCGAAAGAAGGGCUGAGUCGGUGUAUAGCGGCGAAUAAUAUCAAGAGGGUGACUUUGAUGAUGCGAAGUUUCUUUGGUAUGCAAUCUGGCGACUUCGAAGUCGAAGUCAAAAGCAUCGCCGCCUUCAAGGAAGGUGACCAAGUCGAUGGCGCGGCUCCCGUCCGUCAAGACGGUGAAGACAUGACCGAGAAAUUGCGCGAGCAAGAACAACGAGAACAACCGCCACCCGCAGAGUCAAUGGUAUCAAAGACAACCAAAGAAGCAGACGAACCGAAAAGGCCGCACUUGCGUGGGCGGGCGAAAAAUCCAAUUUUGCGAUUUUUGUCGUCUUGUUAUAUUGCAUUCAUGAAUAUAAUUGAUAAUAGAAAUUGGAUUCAACGGCGCAAUCUCGGGGAAUGGGAAAUUAGAUCGGUGCGGGUAUUGCGGUCUUCCGCAGCGGUGUGGGGUAUAUCGUAA